AUGCUCACGAAGGAAGACUGUGCGAAGGGUUCUGAGGUCCAGUGUCAGAAUUUCAAGACUGCAUCUGAGUGUGGAGCCAUUGAACACUGCCAACAAACUCUCUGGAGCAAGGCAACAGUGAAGAACGUGGUUCAGAUGAAGGCUGGUCCCACUUGUGAGCUGUGCCAAUAUGUUAUCAAAGAGAUCAUUAAAUUGCUGGAGGGCAACAAGACUAAGAAGGAUGUGAUUAAGGCAGCAGAGGAGGUGUGCUCAGUGAUCCCCAGCUACGUAGCUGGGAGCUGCCGAGACUUGGUCGACACCUUUGGCCAGAGUACUAUGCAUCUCCUCCUGGAGGAAAUUGACCCUGACUCCAUGUGUAGUGCUCUUAACAUUUGCCAAAGCAAAAGAUCAAUGCCUGCAGUUAACGUGGCCAGGCUUAAGAGUGGCAUCUUCUGUGAGGUAUGCAAAAAGGUGGAUGGGUAUUUGGACCGGAACCUGGAUAAGAACAGCACAAAGGCCAUGAUUCUCUCUGCCUUUGAGAAGGCUUGUAGCAUGUUGCCAGGAAUUUACAAGGAUGAGUGUGAUGAGUUUGUGGGAAAGUAUGAGCCCAUCUUGAUAGCAGCCCUGCAUGAUGAGAUGAAUCCUGAUUCUCUGUGUCUGAAAAUUGGAGCUUGCCCCAAAGCUCCUCCUAAGCCUCUGUUGGGAACAGAGCAGUGUGUCUGGGGCCCAAGCUACUGGUGUAAGAACAUGGAGACAGCCACUCAGUGCAACGCUGUUGAGCACUGCAAGAACCAUGAAUGGAAUUAGAAGAGCGCCCUUCUG